UAGCAAGAGUUAAUACAUACAGAUCAGUUUGUUAGUUUUGUUUCCUCUUCCUCGUGGAUUUUUCCUACACAACACUUGAAAAUACCUUCAUGGCUCCCAUAUUGCUGCUCCUUGUUCUGUUUAUGCCUGCUCUACAGAUAACAGGUGCACAAUCUGCGGGUGUCUGCUAUGGACGAAAUGGCAACAAUUUACCUUCUGAUACAGAAGUUGUUGAUUUGUACAAAAGCAAUGGAAUUGGAAGGAUGAGGAUUUAUGAGCCAAACCAAGCAACCUUGGAAGCCCUUAGAGGUUCCAACAUAGAACUCAUGGUCACCAUCCUCAACAACAACCUGCAAGCGCUUACUGAUGCUGCAGCAGCUACAGAUUGGGUCCAGAAAAAUGUGCAACCCUACUCGGCUGAUGUCAAGUUCAAGUACAUUGCCGUUGGAAAUGAAGUACACCCUGAUGCUGCAGAAGCUAAAUAUCUUCUUCCUGCCAUACAGAAUAUUCAGAAUGCGGUAACAGCUGCUAAUCUACAAGGCCAAAUCAAAGUUUCAACAGCAAUAGAUACAACAUUUUUACUCCCUGACUUUGUCCUUCCUUCAAAUGGGGCAUUCAGCGAUGCUGCAAAUUCAUUCAUUACCCCAAUUAUCACCUUUUUGAGCAACAAUGGAGCACCACUUCUUGUCAAUAUAUACCCCUACUUCGCCUAUAUUGGUGACCCAGUUAACAUAAAACUAGAAUAUGCCUUGUUCACUUCACCAGGGGUAGAACUACAGGAUGGUAGUAACGGGUACCAGAACAUCUUUGAUGCUCUCUUGGACACUCAUUACUCUGCUCUUGAAAAAGCAGGGGCUCCCAAUAUGGCGAUAGUUGUAUCCGAGAGUGGUUGGCCAUCUGAAGGUGGUGAUGCUGCAACUACUGGUAAUGCAGGAACUUACUACAGCAAAUUGAUCAAUCAUGUGAAGACCGGGACUCCAAAGAGACCAAAUGGAGCUAUUGAAACUUAUCUGUUUGCCAUGUUUGAUGAAAACCUGAAGGAUGGUGCAGAAGUUGAGAAACAUUUUGGUAUCUUCUCCCCUAACAAACAGCCCAAGUACCAACUCACCUUUGGCUAGUGCAGCCUCACAAACAUGUUUUAGUUAAACAAGAGUGCCUUGCGCCCAUGUAUUCUUGUGAAACGAAUACAAUACAAUAAGGAUAGAUAACCUCACACAACUGAGCAAGAAAAUCCCAGGCUUCUAUAACCAUUCCAGCUUCACACAACACAACUAUGGGUAUAGUAUACGAAACCGCGUCCAUUAUUUUACUUUGCAUCUUUUACUACAUGUCAACUUUAUGAGAAGAGUACCAAAGCAAUGAAAUUGUGGAGGCUUUGAAAUCAAGGUGUCCGUCCCUUAUAUAAAUGCAAGUAUGCAACAGCAGGUUUUGUACAUUUUUUUUUUGCAUUUAAAACACAGAAUUGAGAUCUCAGAGGCUCUAUAUCCUUUCAAAAAAGAAAAUUCAACUUAACUAAAACGGCACUGUAUUACUACAUAAUCUAUAUGAACAUUAUAAUAAGAAAUAAAUAAGUAAACAUGAACAUGUCAAUUCAACUAACAAAGAUCAGGACUUCAAUAUCAUAAUGACUUAAAAGAAUCCAAAUUUAUACCAGACAAACUCAAAUAGACAGCUGCACUUGCAGGAACAAUCUGAAACUUGAGUCAUGACAGU